UAACUGUUAAAGUCUCAGCAUAGCCAUCAACGUAACGACUUACCAUCAUAAUUACAUCUCAUAAAACAUUUAUGACUAAGUCUGCACAGUAGGCAGAAGGCCUGAUUGAAAAGCUACACUGGAAAAAGACAAGUCAGAAGAACAGAGGGCUUCUGCGCUGGCACAUCGUCGCAAGUGAGGAGCGCUUUGCUUCAAAAGAAACCAGAAGGAAGCAGACAGAGGAGCACAGCUGAGAGCACAAGGCAACCACAGAAUGUUCAUUUUCUGCAAGAGCGGAUCCUCCUAGAGACAGCAACUCAGUGGAAUCACCAGAGACUAGAGAUGAUGGAAAACCGAUUGUCCAUGCAGAGGAGGCAAGUGCGGAACCCUCCCGGAGACAAAGGUCUGAUCAAAACCAGCACCUACAUCGUACCCUGCUUCCUCUUUGUCGAGCUUGUCAUCAUGGCAGGGACUGUACUGUUGGCAUACUACUUUGAAUACACGGACACUUUCCCAGUCCAUGUCCAAGGAUUUUUCUGUUUCGACAAAUCCUACUCGAAGCCAUACCCUGGACCUGAGGACAACAGCAAAGCGCCGCCCGUCUUGGUCUACUCCUUGGUGACUGCGAUACCCACUGUGACAAUCCUGAUUGGGGAGGUGACCAGCUUCUUUGUCAAAUCCGACGGAGCUCAGGAGAAGACCAUAGUGACCGCUGACUGCUGUUAUUUCAACCCUCUGCUUCGGCGGAUAGUGCGUUUUCUAGGUGUCUACUCCUUUGGCCUUUUCACCACUACCAUCUUUGCAAAUGCAGGUCAAGUGGUAACAGGAAAUCAAACGCCGCACUUCCUGACCACCUGUAGGCCGAAUUACACAGCUCUGGGUUGCCAGUCUCCUCUGCAGUAUAUCAGCGAGCGACGGGCGUGCACUGGCAACCCCUACCUGGUGGCAUCUGCACGCAAGUCCUUCCCCUCCAAAGACGCAGCGCUCAGCUUCUACUCGGCCAUUUACACAGUAAUGUAUGUGACUCUGGCUUUUCGGACCAAGGGAACUCGCCUCUCCAAGCCUACGCUGUGUUUGGUGCUACUGUCGCUGGCUGUUCUUGUGGGGGUCGUAAGGGUCACUGAGCACAGAAAUCACUGGAACGACGUCCUGGCUGGAUUUAUAACUGGAGGGGCCAUUGCGGCGUUUUUGGUGUCAUGUGUGAUCAACUACUUUAAGCAGACUCAGACGGCGUCGCAAGCCACACCAGCUCCGCAGAGACCAGAGCCCCCAACUGGGAUCCCCCUCCUCAGUCUGCCCCGUGUGGAGAGUCCACUCGAAAAGUUAAGUGGCCUCCAGGCUCCAGGGUUACCGUAUUCUGAGAUCACAUGACCCUCAGCCAAACCCGAGCCCCGCCCCCCCCGACGUGCUUCUUCCCUCAAGACGUUGCCUCACCAGCGCAGUCUAGACCUGCCCAUCGAGUGCCCCCACCCAUGCCCCGCCCACCCCGAAGGACGACACCCUCUGAGACGAGUCAAGUCCACUAUGGUGUGAGCAUUUACCCCAAGACUAAAGAGACUAAAGAAACCCCAAAACUAAAGAGGCAAACUGUGAAACUUAAGGAUACAGACAUCGCAUCACCCUGAGCCUCUGUUUAUACGACCAGGUGAAGGCUCGUCCAAGCCGAAGUUAUGAAGCAAUACUGUGUCUCUUUCUAGUCCUUUUCUACUAAGGCUUUGAAUUAUCAACUGGUGACAACCUGUUAAAACAUUGAAUUAAAUCUCAACGGAGCUGAGCCGAAUAACAUCUCACAACUGGCUCACCUCAAAAGACUUUGUAACUCAGGACCAUAAUGUGGAAUCAAUCUAACAGACCCUUGUAUUAUCAAAGCAGGUACCACUGAAGAUAAUGGGACUGUUUUCCUGAAAACUGACAAAAGAGCACUUUGGUAGAGUAAAGCACAGAUGAACCACUGGAGUACAGCAAACAGUUGUAUCCCAUUUGAGAUGUGGAUGAAUCUUUUGCUGUUGUGUAAAUUGAUUCAAAUAUUUAUGUAUAUGAGAGAGAUGAAUAUACCACUUUUUUGUGGCACAGGUUUAUUCGCUGCUGAAGUGAAAUACACCAGGUUUGUAUCAACUGAACAACAAACUUUGAUCUCAGAUAUUAUAGGUGUCUUUGUCCUUGUCCACUGUUAAGUAAACACAGUUCACUUACCAUACUGUCCCAAGUGUAGUUUUCUGUUUUAGGAUGCAUUUUAUAAUAUAUCCCUAACAUUUUUUACUUUUAUCCAAAUGAAGUUGCUCAUUUACAUUGUUACAUAAAUAGGCUUUUUCUAUAAUUUGUUAUAGAUGUAACUGGACUCUCAUACUCUUUCUUUCAGUUUCAGGCAGAGCUUGGAGCGUUGUAUAGUGUACAUUUUAUAGGUUUCUUUACAUAAUAUAUUCACAGUACAAUGAGUCUUGUACAUGAAAUACAUAACGCUAUACCUGAAUGGUCGUAUUGUGGUCAUAUAGAGGAUUACUGCAUAAUGGAAUGCAGGGUACAGGAAACAGCACAGUUGUCUACUCAAGACCAAGAGGUUUAACAAUAAGAUGAUGACAAUGUGAAGUUCUCACUAUGAUUUUAUGUGUUUGACUGCGUGCGCUUAUGGAGAGUGGUGUGUUUGUAAUGAUGAGUUCACAGUAUGGGAGUGUAACUGUUAAUUUGCCAAUCUGUUUCCUUAGUUAAAGUGUCAAAAGUAGCUGCUAUAAUUACACACUGGUGAUUGUGUGACUGCAGGCCCUCUGAGAACCCCUGUCAGGGCCUGUUUUAGCAGAGCCAGUUCAUUACAGCUCAGAGAUUAUCUUCAGUUUAACUAUGUUGUUAUUUUCAUGGUUAAAUAUCUGUUUUGUAUUUACUUGGCAAAAUAAAUCACAAUUAACACUU